AUCCCUUAUUUAUAAAGAAAAAUUUAAAGAAACUCAAUGAAAAAUAUUGCAAAAUCCCAACGAUCGACAAAACUCCAUUUUUAUUCGAUUGAGAACGCAUCGACGACGGAAUAUGUACGGAAGCAUGAAGAAUGAUCAUAGAUACGACUUUUAACGGAAGUGUGAUAUUCGGGUGAUAGUUCGAAGACGGUUAAACACCGGUAACACUUUUUCCGGUUGCAUUCUUUUUUUCGUUAAACCUGGUAGAAGGUCCGGUCUUGUUCCGUUUUACUCGGCACGCAGCAGGCAGUGUUCUCGUGUGUGUCCCGUGAGUGCAUUCGAUACACGGAACAACAAUACUGGCAACACGAAUGAGGGGUUUCUAGUUCAAGAUCAAUUUAAGAGAGGAAUUUAGUUGAUAAUAGUGGAAAGAUCGGAUCGUUGUUGUUGCGGAAAAGCGGGCUAUCCGGGCGGACUGGUCAUAGAACACCGCGCGCGGUUUUCAUCUCUGAGCUGUCGCCACCGAAAGAUAGAGAUUGUAAAGCUCAUAGCGGCAGAGCAGGGGGCGGGGAAAGGGCGCAACCGACCUGGCGAAACUGGAUUCCCCUUGAUAAGCUCUGUGUUGAAAGCGUAGCUGGAGGUACGCUCAAAAAAUAAAAAGGAAGAGUUUUUUCUUUUGUCAAAAGGAAAAAGCAGGCUCGAAGGCGAGAAAGAGAGAGGGAGUGAGAGAGUCAAGGAACGACGCGCUCGUGCAAGGAGAAAGGCUAGCGGGCGAGCUACCCCACCACCCUCGAUACUGCCCGACCGGCUAGGGUGUCAGUGAGCGCGCGAGCGAACGAGCGAGCGAGCCAAGCCAGCCAGCUGUAAUAGUCCCUCGGGUACUCGGCUCGCGGCGUGCGUGAGAGCUGCUAGUUUCUCUUUUCUCCCCGGUGUCUCUUUUAGUGUCCAAGCUAAUAAAUAUACAUCCACGCAUACCUAUAUAUACAUACAUAGAUGGGGAAAACCGUAUAAAUAUUCCUUCGAAGGCAAUACGCGACCGACACUUUUUUUACGUUCGUCGUUUAUUAAUUUUCCUUUUGCAUUGAGAAAUGACACUGAACAGAAUAUAACUCAGUAAAAGUCCCGUUUGAUUGGGAGUCUCUCGGAAAAGCGAUAAAAAAGAGAGCGGAGUAUCGAAAUAAUGACGAGUGCCCAAGCGAAGGAGAAAAAUAUUCAUUGAAAGUGUGAUAACGGAGAAGAAGGUCAACGAAAAGCGAAUAAGUGAUAGAGUGUGUUGUUAACUUCGCCGUUCGUGCUUCGUACUGCAAAAUCAUGUGUUUUGUGUGCCGCAUCGAUGAAAAAAAAACGAAUGUCCUGUAGAUAAAUUUUCGUUCGAUCGACAGAGAAAGGAAGCCUCGGUUUUUUGUCUCUCGUUUGGAACAUUUUCGAGCACAUAUUCAGCGACAAGAUUUUAAAAAACGCACGCUAGGGAAACAUAAGGCGUGAUACAGUGAAAACCAAAGGUCGUACGAAUCGACGGAAGCAGCGAAAAUCUACCCGCUUUGAACACGCAACGUUCGCGUUCCCUUACAUCGAGUUUGCGGAAAGAGUAAAAAUAUUUUCGAAGCGAAUAGAAAAGCAGGGCUGUACGUUCUCCACACUCUAUAUGUGCAUAUAUAUAUAUAUUUUUUCAAUUUUUUGUCAUCUCAAAAAAGCUGAAUGAUCUUUGUUGCGUGCGCUUUCAAAAAAAAACAUCAGUUACUCACCUCUGGAGCACACACUCAUGCGAAUGUCUACUUCGUGUUAACUCGGAUCGGACACAUACAUGCACACACUGCGUCGUCUCUGAGCUCAUAAAAAAUUUGAGAGCAGUAAUAAAGAAGAAAUAUUCAAAAGAACGGAUAAUGUCGUGGCUGAAGUUGGAGGGAAAUAUUUUUUUAAAUAGACUUUUUGAGGACACCUGUUGAUUAUAACUCACCACUGCUCUGCUAUCGAACCUUCGGGCGGUGCUGUGCGCAGUUACGAACCGAAGGAAACUCUCCUCAGCCGCGGAGAGGCUGAGCGGAGCUGAGGGAGCCAAAAAAGCGCCUUCGGGUACGGUAUGAUCUGACGAGCUGUACAAAGAGGAUCGCUAGCUGGGCUUUCUCUAGAUGAAAUGUAUAUAAAAAUAUACAAAAAUAUAUAAUACAACCGUAGAUAAAAAACGUUUAAUAUUUCGAGACAUCGUUUUAGCGCCGUUGUUGUUGUCUGAUCUUCCUUGCCAAAGUUGUUUUCCGUUCACCGCUUUCAAUAACGAUAGCAGUAACAUUCGUAAAUAUAACAUUGACAAAAGAUAGAAGAAAAUAGCAAGUUAAAUUGUGUGUAUACGGGAGUCCCGUACGUCCGAACUGACCAACUGUUUUAUAUGAAAUUUGUUGAAAAUUGGAUUAUCGAACAGAAUAAAAUCAGCAAAAUACAACGUUGAAUAAUCUUUUAUUCUGUGCAAAGGGCGCGUGUCUUUCACGCGUCAUUUUCUAAGGUUCCAAACAAUCGUCGCAACUGAAUAACGCUGACGGAAAAUCUUUCGAAAGAUUGAAUGAACUGAUGCCGAAAAACACUCGACGGAUGAGAGAAAAAACAAUAAAAAAGAAAAGAAAGAGAAUCGCAUAGAUAUUUUUUGCACUUGUUUUACAAUUACACACACGCAAUAUUAUAUCGUAUGUAGCACCAUGGGCCUUAGCACGUAAGCGCACAUUUAUAUUUACAUACAUACAUAUAUACAUAUAAUCGUAUAUAUUUAUAUUUGUAGUAUACGAAUAAGUGACAUAUGCUCGCGUAAAAGAAGGAAGAGAAGGAGGGGAAGAAUAAGAGAAAAAGUGAGGAAUCGAUAUUUAUAUAUAUAUUUAUAAGCACAUUUUUUCACUCAAGUAGCCUUAAUUUGCACCGAGGGUGCAUACACAAAUAGUAACUAUAUUUGUACAAAGGUUCGAAAGUGCUAUAAAAUGUGAGAUAAUAAAAAUGAGAAGGUUAUUGACAUAUAAAUCUGAUAAUAAAGCGUGUCAGGAUAAAAGGAUGUACUAUUUAGUCGAACUACCGUCCAUGUUAAUCUAGUUUCGUAAAGAAAAAUAAAUGAACAACUGAAAAGAAUAUUUUAUCGAGAUGAUAGAGACUCGAAAGAGAAAAUAUAAGGAAAGUAAUGUAAAGAAUACAAAUGAAUAUUAUUGACUUGGCAUUGUUAGAAAGUGAAGCGCGUUAUACAUUUGUACUUAUAUUUCGGUGAAAGCAUAUUCGAAGAGUAUAUAAAAUUGUAGAAACGUUAUUAUAUAUACAUCUAUACACACACACACACACACACAUACGAGCACGCCCACGCAUAUAUAUAUCAAUACAAUUAAUAAAUAUAUUUGGGAAUAAUGAGGUUCCCGAGGGAAAGAUGAAAGUAAUGGAGGCGGAACGGCUGAUUAGGGGCGAGGCUGGCGGAGGUGGCUUAAGAGGUGAAAAAAAUUUUUAACAAAGGGCCCCUACGCCGACUUGGAUUAAUCGCUCUCUUCUUACCGCGCCACGUUUUUAUCUUAACAUUUGUAUUUUCACACGUACAUAUACGCGAUUUUCCAUACACUUGCGACAUACGUGUAUUCAUGCGUGGAUGUAUGGGUUCGUCUGUACACUCUCAAUAAUGAGAGCUCCACGGUAACGAAUGAGAGGAAAAAUAACGAGUGAUAGUUAUACUCGUAUGGAUGAUGCACUUAAAAUCCGAUUCAGUUAUGAAUAUAUCUAUAUUUUAAAAAAUCGUACCAUUUGUAUGAGUGUUGUUUGCACCCACGAGCACCUAUAAGAGCACCGUUCCAGUGUCCACACUAUCGUGACACUCGCACACAACCUCACCUUCCUCUCACGAGCACCCGCUGCACGGCACCAAUAUAUCUCGAGCACCUUGUUCGCAAUCACAGAAUUACUCACUGUGACCGAUUCCGGAUAUCGUUGAAACAGGUAAUCACUCUGAGAUCGAGGGCUUGAAGAGAGGAAAAGAAAGAACGAGAAGGAAAAUUGAAUUGAGAAGAUCGAAUAGUGCGAUAAUAAUUGAGCAAAUCAGUGCCGCGAGUGGGUGUAUGGUGUUAGUGGUUUUUUUUUGUGAAUUGUCGGAGCAACCGCGGCGGUGGUGGUAGCGGUGGCGUCGACAGCAAACCCUGGAAAAAGGGAAUAGAUAAAUAAGAUCGGCGUUCCGUUCGAGGAUCAACGGGAAGAGAAUCAAGGGAUUUUGAAGUACAUGAGAAAAUUGUUCGCGCGAGGCCUAAGGAGGGUGUAAAACCGAGGGAAAAUCGAUCGAUUGAGCACAUCGAGGGCGAGAGAGAGAGAGCGGGAGAGAGAGAGGUUGAGAAAGAGAGAGAGGAAGAGAGAGAGAAAAAAAGCCAUAAUCGAAAAACGAGAGGGAACAAAUUAUUUGUACCUGUGACGUUUGAGCUCGGAUCGAUAAGCAACGUCACGAUACGAACUAAGCCAACAAGAAGAAAAGAAGAAGAAGAAGAAAAGUCCCUGGAUUUCUCUCAGUCUCUGAAAUCAGUCGUGGGAAUUUUCGUUUCUCGAAACCAUUUGAGAGAGAAAUCUCGAAGACGAGCUACUUCAAAUCGCACACCCUCAAACGCAAUCUCUUCUUUCUUCGCUCUCUAUCUCUCUCCCUCUCUCUCUCUCUCUCUUUCUCUCUCUCUCUCUCUCACUCACAUACACACACUCUCUCACUCACUCUCUCUCUCUCUCUCAAACUCUCAAACUUUUGCUAUAUCUUCCUGGUUCGAUCACAUUGAUGAAUGAGAACACUCACGAGUCAACUCCAAUGCGUUCUUCCUCGUAGCUUAUAAACGUCGUGAACUUACGACACAACAGGCCCGAAGACUGCUCGACUAAAAAAUCGGCUUCAAUUAGUCCGAGUGGGAAGAGAUAAAGAAAAGAAGAAAAAGAAAAAUAAAAAAAUCAACAGGGAUCUAUUUGUUGAAGAGAGUAAAAGAGAAAAAGAAAAUAAGAGUUACGAAUCUGAGGGAUAAAGUAAAGGAGAAUAUUGAAGAGAGGAAGGAAGAAUUGUGAGUGAAAGAUAGAAAAAGGGAAUUAAAAAUUGGAUAAGCGUGGCAAACGAAUCGAAGGAAAAUGUCGAGCCAAAUGUUUUGGCUUCUUAGUUACGUCAGUCUCGGUCUUGCCUUGAGCUUAGGAAAUCGGCCAACCGGUAUGCACGGAACAUCCUCCUCAUCCUCGGCGUCCUCCUCUUCGUCAUCCUCGUCUUCGUCGUCACAGCAACAAAAACCACAAUCCACGUCGUCCGGGCAGGGUUUCAAGUCUCGUCAAGAAAAUCGCUUGACGAGGGUCGACGAAGAAAGCAAAAGUUUGCAGUCGAUGGCGACUGUUUCUCAUCUGUUGGAGUUUGAAAAUAGUGGCUCUCACAGAUACGAAGAGCAACUGCCUCUGGUGGGAUUCAAUCAACAGUCCAACUUUCAAAGGUUUGAAGAUAAACGAGAUCGACGCAUCGAGCAAGAGGAGGGAGAGGAACAGGAAGAGGAGCAGGAGGAAGACGACGAUGACGACGACGACAACGAGAGAGAGAGGAGAGGGAAAGAAAAAGAAAAAGACAGAAAGGUACGAAAUGCUCGAGAGAAAGGAUUUCUCGAUGAAUUCGCUAUCGCCGUACUCGAUACUCUAUAUCCACGUAAUCGAGAUCUUCUCGUUUCCGGCAAACCGCCCAAUAUAAAGGACAGAAGCGAUGACAUUUUGAGACUUAUGAUCCCUAAUUAUCACGAUCAAAUGAACCUUCAUGCUCCUCCCAGAUUAUCGUUAAAUGGGAGAAGAAACGGGCCUGAAUUAACGAGGAAAUACGCGAAAUUACCUAUCGAGGUUGUUUAUAGAGCUGACCGAACAAUACCGGCGGAAGCCCCGGUCACGUGGAACGCCCCUCGAGUUUUCAGCGAUCGGCCAGAAGCCCCGUUCUUCUCGUACCGCGACCACGACUUUUCCAAGGAUCUCCGAAAUCCUGCUGACUGGAUCAAUGCCGAGAGCAACGAGAUUUCUAAUUUUCUGACAAGGAUCGAUCACUCGACGACGAAAAGACGCGACAGCGCGGUCGACGACCGAUGGCUCAACAACGAUAAUUUUCUUCGAAAGAGGAAUGAUGCGCGUUCGAAAAGCUCCAAUUCAAGAGCUACUCCCUCAGGAUGGUCCGGAAGCGGGCCUCAGUCACAAUCCGGGCCACCCACGGGCCCCGGGGCGAGUAUCGCUUCACAGUUCCUGCUCAGAUCGGCGAGGGGUAAUCGCCAAUACGAUGUUCCUCAAAUUGAGUGUCCAGCGUCGGAGGACGGAAUGGAGAGAUUCGCGUGUCCUACUCCCGACAGAAUGGGACGAUAUCGGUGUAUCGACGAUCACGUAUUAUGCGACGGUUUCAUCGAUUGUCCAACCGCCGAGGACGAAGAUAGACAAGCCUGCAUGUUCUAUAAAACUACGAAAGCGCAUCUGGACGUUCUGGCGGAUGCUCUUCUUCGGUGGGCGAGAGGGCGCUAACUUCGUGAUCGAGAAUAAUCUAAAAUGAACAAGAAAAACGUAUUGAAUAAUAUAAAUAAAAGAAAAAAGAAACGAGAGUAAAACAAGACAAAUUAAAUAACAAAUUAUCCUCGACUGUCAAUAUCCAACUCGUAACUAUGAAAUCCUGAUGAUCAUUUCCGGUCCCACUUACCCUCUACAUCCGUAGGCAUAAAUUCAAUGAAAAAUCGCAUGAAAAAAAACGUCAAAAAACGAUAAAGAGUCUACAAAAAAAUCUCGUGGAUCCGUUUUGUCGCAAUUUAAUCCAAGUUCCUCUGUUCUUGUUACAUCUCGAUGUAUAAAUAUAACAAAAAUAAUGAUAAAAUCUAACAACAAAAUACAUGACGCCUAAUUACGAAUUUCCGAAGACCGGGAAUCAUUGUUCCGGAUGAAAAAUUUUCACUUCCGGACUUGAAAUUAACACAAUUGUUGUGUGAGAGUGUACGUGAGAUACGAAAUAUGUUUAUUUGAAGAGGAAGAAAGAUAAAACGAUCGCAGAAAGUUCGAUGGAGAAUUAAAUAAAUGAAAAUUAUAAUAAUCUUAAAAAUAAUAUGAAUAAUAUAAAUUUAAACGGAAGAGCAUCAAACUCGUGCCGCGAAUUUUUCAACAAACACGACAAGGACGAACCAUCCGAACAGCAGCAAAAGAAUAACCCUUACGGAGAAAAAGAACGCGAUAACAAGCCGGAGAACGGAAAGAAAACAUCGACGAGCUCAAGAAAUCUUCUAACUGAGCAAUCAGCCACGUAGCACGAAUUUCAACGUCUCAUGAAGCAGCUUCAACGAAUAAAUUAUUCUAUCGUUGUUUUUUUCUUUCAAGAAUUUUCCAGAGCGGCUGUGAAUAUCUUUCCUUUUCGAUGUGCUGACUUUUUCGGAUCUUCAGCAAUAAUCUACUACAAAUAUUUCGAUUCGAUGACUAACUGAAAAACGAAAACUCAUGACUAUUUUCGAAACUACUAUCAUUCAUUCUACAUAUGAAUCGUUGACGUUGUGAGUUUUUUUAUUUCUGAUUCGAUAAUACAGAAAUUCGAAUGAACUAAGUUCGAUAAUUCAAUGAAAUAAAAUUUGGAUCGGAAGCUAGAGUGUAACAUCGAAAAGAUUGAAAUUCACUGGUUCUUGGACUUUCUCCACUUUUCUCUUGAAUUUACACCGAUCGAAAAUAUUUUUCUUUAUACCUCGGUCGAAAGUACGUACCUUCGGCAUCAAUUUAACAGCUGAAAGCCUAAGAUUUGUCUACCUGGUAAACUAUACGAGCAUCAUAUAUGCUACGGCAGGAAAGGAAAUUUUAUAGUUUACUACAAUACGUGAAAUUGCUGCGACUGCCGCCAACUUAUAAACUAAUUAAAGAAAACGAGGAACGAAAUUGAUUUCAACUGAAAAAUGUAUGGACGAGCUAGAGGGGUUGAGAGACUUUGAUGCAUACAGGAAAUUAAUGAUACAGACAGAAAAGCAGUCACUAAAGAAGUUUGUGGGUCACAGUACGAACUAAUCCCAAGUAACCUAUAUAAAAGAUGACUAAUGGCAAAUUAUUUAUAACUUGGAGAUGAUAACAUUUUUCUAAGUUAAAAUGAAUUUUUUUCUUUCAAUUAUAAUUAUAUUUAAUUGUCUUGUGUACUUGAUGUCUGCCCCCAACCAGCACUACUCGCUUCGCCCGCGCGGCAAAUGUUGGGGCAGGCACCAAAACAUGCGUCCAUCGUACUUUCGACCGGCUACAAAGAAAUAUAUAGUAUUAAUACACUACACGGGCAAAAGUUUUGAAUCUGUGCAUCAUGAUUAUGACUCAAAGUGCAAGAAUGUCAAGCUUUCGGCCCUUGUACACUAAUAUAUUAUUUUCUACGUUCCUGCUCAAUUCAAGGGAAGCAUCAAUCAUGAUUAUUCCAAAUCAAUCAAUGAAAUGUGUUUGCACAUUUACAAAGAUGACAAAUUCGUGCAAUAAGAACAAUGGAUCAAAAUUGUUUGAAAUUACGACGAGAGUCAUAUAUUUUGCUGGAGAAUAAAACUAUUAUUGAAUUGUUAUUGGGAAAAUGGAAAACAAAUGAUGAAAUAAUAAUAAUAAUAAUAAUAAUAAUAAUAAUAAUAAUAAUAAUAAUAAUAAUAAUAAUAAUAAUAAUAAUAAUAACGGACGACGGGAGUGUAAAAGGUUGUGGCAGCGAUAGAAAAAAGAUUGGCCGCGGGAUCGAGCGUAGCGGGGUGCAUAUACGUUUUAGUUCAUAUCCCAUGAGGGAGAAGUAUAACCAAGUCAUUUUUAUAUCGAAAGAGAGGAAAGGGGGAGGAGGCGUUUGAAGGAUGAAGAAGGAGGGAAAAAAGAGGGUAUCGUUUUGGGAGGGAGAGUUGCUCGAUAAGGCGCUCGUACCACUCGAUCGACGUCAUUUUCCAAUAUUUGGCAAACUUCCUGGUGAGAAGAGCGAAGGGAUAAAAAUGUAGCAUUCGCCUCUCCAUCUUUCCCUUUCUCUUCUUCCUUCGUAAGCAAGAGUUUGGCCAACUACCAAGAGCCCUCCUUUCGUUCGUAAUAUUCGCCAAGGGGAAUUUCCAUCAAUUGAUUUCCUCUUUUACGUAACACAAGACCGAAGAACCGAGAAAAAGAGAGAAAGGCUGAGGGAAAAACAGCCGAAAGAGAAAUGAAUAAAAACCUCCGAGGCAACGACCGUGCUUCUUCUCGAUUUGGUACGCGAAAGUAAAUCAACGUGAUCUUGUGUUGGUGAACGAAAAAUAAGAGAAACAAAAUGAAAAGUAUGAAAGAGGAGAAAACUUAAAAAACAUAGCGAUGCGUUUACGCUUCGCGUAAACUCAGCGAAUGUUCGAUUGCAUAUAUCUACAUCUACAUCCUCGUAUGUUUAUAUAUAUCUCGUAUGUACAUGGGGUAUUCUGUGUCUCGACCGAGCCAUUGUUCUGUUGCAUUGCUAAAUAAGUAUUUAUCUGUCAAUUUUUCUUCAUCAAGAUGUUUUUAUUCCAACUAUUGUGAAAAUAAAACUUUUAUUUCAUAAUCAUCAUUGGAAUGGAUGAAUUGUUCUUGUCUCGCAUGGAAUAUUCCAUAAAUCUCGAAGAUAUAUGUACAACUUAAAUACAUUACAUAAGCAUACUAUAUAUAUAUAUAUAUAUAUAUAUAUCGUGGCGGAAGAGAGACAGAGAGAGAGAGAGAGAGAGGGAGAGAGAGGAACGUUCAAUUUGUAAGAUACAAAAUUCUGACAUAAUCUCAAGAGGACCGAUACUUUCCCCUCUCCUGAAAGAUAUUCACUCUCGCGUUUAAUUGGAACUCUAUAAUCUGUUUCUGCUCAUCUCUCGAUCGGGCUUGUCUCGAACUGACCCUGCGUCUCAGAUAUCACCCAAACGUACAUACACACGCAGGCACGUACACAACACACAGAUGUCAAACCUAGUAAAACCAAAAUUAAAAUAGGCCUUUUCUCCUCAAACAGAAGUAUUAAUCUCAUCUCCAAUUUCGUCUUCGUCGUCGUCUUGUCGCCGAUUAUAUUGCAUCGAUUCUCAGCCCUCCCUUUUCUUAUUCAUGUUUUUGUUUACUCACUCAUUGUCAGUAGGUGUAAAAAUCUUUUCACGGAUAAAUCCACAGAAUUUCAAGUGUGAAUGAUAACAAAGCGAUCGAGAAUCCUUAUUGAUCACGUCUUCCGUUGUGUAUACGCAUAACAUUACGUUUCUGGAAGACUAACGACCGAACGUUACCGCGAACAUUUUGAUGGUGAUAAUGCGAAUAAUGCCGACAGAUGCUUUUGUGACUCAAUGGAAUAAUCAUUCUUUGAAAUCUAUUAUUGUCGUACGUAAUUGUGAUUCUUUAAACGGAAUAACGAAUAAUCCACUCCGUGAUUAAAUGUUAUUAAUGUUCGCUGUCCAGCCUCAAAUAACUCAAUGAGAAAUGACGGUUCGAACGUAUAUACGUACUUUGUCGAAAAUUAAAAAAAAAAAAACAAAAAAAAAACAAAAAAAAAGGGCGAAAGAUUAGUUCCAACAAUAUUUAUUGACGUUUUCAUCGACGUGACAUAGAAAUAAUUCGAUAUUAGUCUACGAGUUCCUAUGAUUUUUAGGCCUUUUGCUUAUUAGAUUGACAAGCAAGAAGUCGAGUCCAGGAGGCUGGAUCGCUAGAGGAAUCAAGCGAAUUUGAGAGAUUCAAACGAAAGCCUAAUAUCAAUUCAAAGUAAAUUAUUAAAAUUUCAACGAUGCUAUUUUAUUUCGUUACGUAUCACGGGUGAUGGACCGAGUCUGAGUAUGAAUAUUAACCGAUCUCAAAAAUACCCGCGUUCAUCCUGAGCCACCCGUGCAUGCGUAAAUUGAAAUAACUUGUCGCUCGUUGCUAUAUUGCUGAUGCUACAUGUAACUCCAUUCGCGUUAUACUGAUGCAAGGAAACGUUGCACCCAACGAAAGACGCACAUUUCAAUCUAGGUCGAGUGUUCUCUCAAAUCCGUCAAAUCUCUACGACACCAUGGACCCUUUCUUCUUGUUUAUAAUUCAUAUUAAUGUGAAAUCGGAUAAAAAAGGAUUAUGCAUACAGAUAAAAAAAAAUCGAGUUAUCGAUACUAUCGCUUUCAAAUGUUCGUCAGGUUAUUAAGAUGUAAGAUAUUUUUCCCCUUUCCCCAAAUCAAUUGGAAAACAAAUAUAUAUUGCGUGUCAUUCGAUCCACGUGUUAUUAUCGUAUAUUAACGAGAUCGAUCAAUAUUACGAUUCCAUUUGAGUUCACACGUCCGCUCGGUUGUGAUGGUUCGCCAAACGAAAUUCACGUGUGAAUAAGAAAGACAGAAAAAACGAAGUAAUUCGUUUGUUCAAUAAUUUUUGUCGUAUUGCGGUGAUUAUUAUCGUUUUGUUAUGAUUAUUCUGAUGGAUGAGAUUGUAGAUUGUUCAGCAAUAUGUUUCAAAAGAAAAAAGAUUCACAUUAAGACGACGAAAGACGAUAAUGGAGAGUUGAAUUCCUCCUCGCCCACAAAAAAUCAAGCAACGACCUCUACAUCGGAUCACACUUCAGGUGCACCUAAAUUUCUUCGACAAAUAAAUUUCCGAGAAUUAAAAUGAGGGGAAAAAAACAAAAUCUGGAAGAAUAUACGAAAAUAAUAAAUAACGAGAGAUGGUACAAGAACGAAAGAGACAAAACAAAUGAACGAAUCAAUAACAAGAAGCAAAAUACAAAACAAACAAAUGAAGAAAACCACAAUUUCGAUUGUAACUCGACUGUUCGAUACUACGUUAGUUCGAGUCGAUUGGGACUCUGACUAUAGCAUAGAGUGUAGGUUUAUAUACCUAAAUCAAGUUCGAUCGUGUUAUGUUAAACACAAAGAUCAGGGUUCGAUCAGGCUUUCCAUUGAUAGAUACGGUGUCGCUUAAUUAGACAGGAAAAAGUAUAUUAAAAAAAGAAAAAAAAUCGAUUUAACCGCAAAACAAAAAGAAUUUCGACAAUUAAAUAAAAAGUAAAGAAACAAAUAACGUUUUCAAGGUCGUAGUUGAUGGUUCGUCAUUAGUCGGUUUAGAAAAUAGGAAAGAGCUCUAUUCUAUAUGCGUAGAGCUCCCCAAUAACGAUCGGUGUUAAUUAAAAAUAAACUAAAAAAAAAAGAUAACAUAACUAUGAGAACUAAAAGAAUGGAAGAUAACGAACAAAUGAACAUAUGGAAAAAAUAAGUAUAGCCCGUUAAUUUUUCUUAUUCAUUCCAUUCAUAAAACAUUUAUCUUUCAUUACGUAUUCUUAUAACAGCUCAAUUUGUCUCGUCAAAAAAACAAUAAACGUUCUACUUUGUAUAGAAGAUUCUAUAUCUCGUGUGCAUCUAUUUUUUCAUUUUUAUUUCGUCUUUUUUGUCGUCGAACAAAAAAAAACUUGAAAUAUGUAAUCUUUGUUGUCUUUUUACUGGCUUCGUGCACAAUGAUACGAUUCUCGAGAUGAAUAACAAUCAAAAGUUGUAUCGAAAAUGAAGCUUGGUAACGACUCAAUUAAGGCCGCAAGAUUUGAAAAGAAUAUUGACCGAACUAAAAUAACUCUGUUUGCCGUCCUUUUGUUUAGUCAGACUGUUUGACCCACUAGCCUGAACAACCGUCGUCGCAAGAGGUGAACAAACUUGUUGCGUGAUAAUUUAAUGUUUAUCCCGUAAUGGUCUCUUGUUUUGUUUCAAAAUCAAUAACAUUCGAAUUGCUUGAUACAACGCAAUCGGUAGAGACGGUAGAUAUGGGCAAGGAUUCAUUGUAAUUCGCUUUCUCAUCGAACGAACGGUCUGAUGAAACAAUCGAUUGCAAAAUUUCGAAGCAAUUGCAGCUACAUCAAUAGAUAAAUAAACAAAAGACGUUCCUUCGGUCAGUGUGCAUAAGUCUUCUUUUGAAACUUCCUAAGUAUUAUUCAAGCGACGACCGAAAUAAUAAACUGAGGAAGCAAAAACUCGAGAGAAACACCUAAUACGUAUAUAAUAAGGAAACGAAAAAUGAAUAAACAACUUCGCUCAUAA